CUCCGCCCCUCCGCCCCUCCGCCCCUCCGCCCUCCGUGCGCGCAGGCUCUGCGGUUCCUCCGCGUGCUGGCAGAGCAUCCUUCUUCCCGACCCUACCGGGAGGCAGCGCCGAAAACCCGACAUACCGGCACCGCAAAUCCAGAGACUCACGCGCUCCCUCGGCCUUGGAAGUCCGACGCGCGGUUACGGCGAGAUUUGGGGCGACUUGCUUUUCUUACCUUCACAACUGCCAUUUCCCUCGCUCUCGAAGCCAGACAUUAUGUUGGGAAAGCUGCUGGAUUUUAAUCUUUAAGACAAUCCCCUGAAGGGCGUGGCUGGCCGAGCGGCCCAGGAAAGUUGGCCUGGGCUGGAAGGGACUCGUUUUGUGCCUGAAGAGAGCGAGGAAGAGUGUGAGGGCAGCGCAUCCUCGGGAGAGGUCUUUGAAACACCAUCCCUGACAGCAGCAGAAACACUUACGUGUUGCUUUGUUUUGUUUACAUACUGAGUGGCUUUUCGGUGAAAUGCUAUUUCUUUAAAGGAAGAAAUGGCCCCCCAGGAGCUCAGCCGGCGACUGGCCACAGUGAUCACUCAUGUCGAUGAAAUUAUGCAGCAGGAAAUCAGGCCCUUGGUGGCAGUGGAUAUAAUUGAACAGCUGCACAGACAGUUUGCCAUUCUCUCAGGAGGCCGAGGGAAAGACGGUGCCCCCAUCAUCACUUUUCCAGAGUUUGUGGGGUUUAAACACCUCCCAGAGGAAGACUUUCUGAAUGUCAUGACCUACCUGACUAGCAUCCCCAGUGUGGAGGCUGCCAGCAUUGGAUUCGUCAUUGUUAUCGACCGGCGAAGGGACAAGUGGAGCUCCAUAAAAGCAUCAUUGACACGAAUAGCUGUAGCAUUUCCAGGAAACUUGCAGCUCAUAUUCAUCCUUCGUCCAUCUCGCUUUAUCCAGAGGACAUUCACUGACAUUGGCAUUAAAUAUUAUCGAGAUGAAUUUAAAAUGAAAGUGCCGAUUGUUGUGUUAAACUCUGUGUCUGACCUUCAUGGCUACAUUGACAAAAGCCAACUGACAGAGGACUUAGGGGGAACUUUGGAAUACCGCCACAGUCAGUGGAUAAAUCAUCGAACUGCCAUUGAAAACUUUGCCAUGACAUUGAAGACCACUGCCAAGAUGCUCCAGAUGUUUGGGGCCUGCCUAGCCACAACAGACAUGCCCAGAGGUGUGCUGUCCACUGAAGACCUCCUCAUGUCCCACACAAGGCAGCGGGACAAGCUGCAGGAUGGGCUGAAAUUACUUGGAAAGCAAGGGACCACAUUACUGUCAUGUAUUCAAGAACCAGCAACCAAAAGCUCCACGAGCAAACUCAACCCCAAUGAACUAGAGAAUGUAGCUACCAUGGAAAGGUUAUUACUUCAGUUGGAUGAGACAGAAAGAGCCUUUAAUCAGUUUUGGUCUGAGCAUCACCUGAAGCUUAACCAAUGCCUACAGCUACAACACUUUGAGCACAAUUUUUAUGAGGUUAGGCUUGCCCUGGACAAUUUGUUGGUAGAGCAAGCAGAGUUUAUAGACAUUGGAGACAGUGUGAUACGCGUGGAGCAACUUCUUAAGGAACACAAAAACCUGGAAGGAAAAGGCCAGGAGACCUUGGAAAAGGCCCGGCUGCUUGCAAUAAUUGGGGACCAGCUCAUCCAAAGCCACCACUACGCAGUGGAUUCCAUCAGACCCAGAUGUGUAGAGCUCAGGCACCUCUGUGAUGACUUCAUCAAUGAAAACAAGAAAAAAUAUGACAUUUUAGAAAAGUCCUUGGAGUUGCAUAGACAGCUGGACAAGGUCAGCCAGUGGUGUGAAGCAGGAAUCUACCUUUUGGCUUCCCAAGCUGUAGACAAGUGCCAGUCACGAGAGGGGGUUGACGUUGCCUUGAACGACAUUGAGGCAUUCCUGAGUACAGCAAAGGAGUACCAGUUGCCCAGCCACACGGAGUUUUACAGCCAGUUCGAGUUGAUACUCACCAUUGACGUCAAGGCCAGAGCCCAGGAAGUCCUGCAGAAGCUGGGCAAUGUGCAGGAAAUAUUUCACAAGAGGCAAAUGAGUCUGAUGAAACUGGCAGCCAGACAGACUCGCCCGGUGCAACCUGUGGCCCCCCAUCCUGAGUCUUCCCCAAAAUGGGUGUCACCGAAAACCAGCCAGCUCUCUACCUUGGCUCCUCUUCAGAGGACAUCUGAGGAAAUGUUUACAGGGACUUUGGAAAAGGAGGAUGAUGAGACUAAAUUUGAAGUCAAGAAUGAAGAAAUACUGGAAAGCAGUCAUGAUGGAGAGAACCCUGAGCCAGAGCAGCUCCGCAGUCCUGAAAAUCUUUCCCCCACAAGGCUCAUGAUACAUGACUUGCUUGAGACGGAAGAGAUUUAUAUAAAAGAGAUUAAGAGCAUAAUUGAUGGAUAUAUCACUCCAAUGGAUUUUAUUUGGCUGAAGCAUCUGAUUCCAGAUGUUCUUCAGAAUAACAAAGAAUUUCUCUUUGGGAAUAUUAGAGAACUUUAUGAAUUUCACAACAGGACUUUUCUAAAAGAAUUGAAAAAGUGCACUGAAAACCCUGAACUUCUGGCACGUUGCUUUCUCAAGAGAAAAGAAGAUCUUCAAAUAUAUUUUAAAUACCAUAAGAAUCUGCCUCGAGCUAGGGCAAUCUGGCAAGAAUGUCAAGACUGCACCUUCUUUGGGGUAUGCCAACGCCAACUGGAUCACAAUCUCCCUCUUUUUAAGUAUCUCAGAGGACCAAGCCAGAGACUUAUAAAAUAUCAGAUGCUGUUGAAGGGUCUGCUGGAUUUUGAGUCUCCUGAGGAUUUGGGGAUAGACCCAGGUGACGAAGGAGUUUUGGCUAAGAAUGGGCCAAAGAAGACCAAGGAUUCAGCAUUCUCAGCCGAACUACAGCAAGCUUUGGCCAUGAUAGAGGAUUUGAUCAAGUCCUGUGAGUUGGCCGUGGACCUGGCAGCAGUCACUGGAUGUCCGGAUGAUAUCAGGAAACUGGGCAAGCUGUCGAUGCAUGGCUCUUUCAACGUCUGGACAGUUCACAAGGAUCGUUAUAAAAUGAAGGAUUUUAUCCGAUUCAAACCCAGCCAGAGGCAAAUCUAUCUGUUUGAAAGAGGAAUCGUGUUCUGUAAGAUUCGAAUGGAGCCCAGUGACGAGGGCCUCGCUCCUCAUUACAGCUUUAAGAAAUCUAUGAAGUUGAUGACACUUUCAAUUCGCCAGCUUGGAAGGGGGAGCCGCCGAAAGUUUGAAAUUGCCAACCAAAACGGACUCGAAAAAUACAUCGUGCAGGCACCUUCAAAAGAAAUCAGAGAUUGUUGGUUUUCAGAAAUAAGUAAAUUACUGAUGGAACAACAAAACAAUAUUAAAGCAAAGGCAUUGGAGUGGAACUUGUACCCUGGAUUGAAAAUAUGGAAAGAGCUACCAGCCAUAAGGAAGAGCCAGUCCCCAGCAUACAUGGGAUUAAAGAUACUUAUGAGGAUGAAGACAAUGGCAAACGAAUCUCCCCCAAAGCUAUCCGGACUUUUCCAGUUAGACGACAGUUAUGAAACGUGUUCCUCCAAACCUGUCCUGGAAACAGGAGAAAGUAUCCAGGGGAGAGAAGAAGGUGGCGAUGAAGACAUGUGAGUGUGAAAGAGGAAAGAACAGGAAGCGAAUCUGUUAGCCAUCGCUCCUCUGACUCUUCUUGGAAUUUCAGGACAACAAACAAAACUAAGCCAGUGUCCACUGGCUUGCUCGCCCCUGCGGGGGAGACGACUAGUUUGCGGGCAAAAGCAAUGCGGGGGAGGGAAGGACGCCUGAGGACCCUCUCCCCAGAGAACAGACACCGGUUCCAGACCACCGCCGCUCCCGGCUCGGCCGAGCGACCCCAGGCGGCCUUCGUUCUGGGCACAGGCUGCGGCGGGCGCCGGGGGACGGGCCCACCCUUAAAAAGGGAGCAGCCAAGGGGCCUUGGACCCUCCGAAUCUGCCACCC